UUAAACCCCACAGCCGAACCCACAACCACCGCCGGAACCGAAGAGCAGAAAUGGGAAAAGCAGAGAAAGAGCGGCUUAAUAGAGCCCUGAAUUCGGGCCUUAACACCAUCCAUGAGACCUUCCAGGUGUUGGAUCAAGCGCCACCAUCUUCCCUGGAGAAAGUCAGCUGGAACCAGGUCAUACAGAUGGGUGAACAGCUCUCCAAACAAGCUACUGUUGUUGGAAUGCUUUGGGCUGGAGAAGCACCUGAAGCUAAAGCGAUUGAAGAGACCAUGGAGUCGUAUUUCAAUGUGCUACAGGGUUUCCUCUUGCUUUCCCAUGGAAGUACUGUUGGUGCAGGACCAACUCUUUCCUCUAGUAUCCAUGAAUCUGUGAGGCAAGCCGUUGAUUGCAGCUUUAAGUUAUUGCAGGAAUCUGUCGAUUUAUAUGGAUCUCGCAAUAAGGACAAAAAAAACUCAAUCCCACAGUUUGUUGGCGCUGUAUGGGAGGCCUGUUCUGCUCUUAAGAAGGCUCCUGCAACAAAUAUCACAGCAAUUGGGCGAGCAAUGACACAAGUUGCAGUUUCUGUGAAAGAUGUUCUUCGUGAGAUGAAAGAGCUCAAGCCAGUUUCCUCUGAUGAAACAGUUGAAACUUCUGACAAUGCUUCCACAGAACCAGAGAAGAAGCUCCAUGAAGAAGAUAGUUUAAGUGAGGAUGACCUAGGCAAUGAUUUAUCAGAGGAAGAAAUGAAAGUCGCUCAAGUAGCAAUUGGAGUUGUGUCUGAGACGCUUGCAACCAUAAAGGAACUUAUCCGUGCCAUCACAGGUUUGCUUAAGUUGGAAAACCCAGAUGACAAUGGAAAAUUUGUUGAUGCUUUGGAGAAAUUAUUGAAGCUUUGUCGAGGAGUUGGAGCACAGAUUGAUGAACUUGGGGCCUGUCUUUAUCCCCCACAAGAGCUUCCUGCCAUUAGGGUGGCUUUGGAAAAAAUAUCAAGCAAUAUUGAUGAAGUACAAGUAGAGGUGGAAAGUUUUAAGAGCUCAUCCGAGUCCUUUGUUCAGUCAUGCAACGAUUUGAAGACCUCCAUUAAACAAAUGUUACAUCAACUGGAUUGCUCUGAUACAGGAGAUAUAGUAGACAAAUUACAGAAUGUUGCUUUGAGCAAUUAGAGGGAAUGAUAAAAAAUUUUAUGUCCAAACUUGUUAAGAUAUAUGAGUCUGUUAUGUUAGUUUUUAGCCUUCCAUUCUAUUAUAUGAUAUGAUAGCUUCUUGUUCUUUGUUUCAUACUAUCAUAUGAGAGAGGUCUUGACACCACCGAUGGCCAUGAAGUAUGAAUACACACAGCUAUGGACU